GGGUAACAUGUUUAUUCAAAACUUCUCUCUAUCCCCACCGUCUGGCUUUCUCCUGGAAAAAUCUUCCUUUUUAUCGUCUGGUUCUCAGCCAAUUCCCACCAAUUUACCAAGCCUAAAACCUCAAUCUCUCCAAAAAUCCCAAACCAUAAGCUGAAACUCUCAAAUGGCUUUCCGAAUCCAACUCUUAUGCCCAAAUACCUUCUCUCAACUCAGAAAAUCCCAAUCUCAUCCCUUUCCAACUGCAUCACAUUUCACCUGCAGAAUCAGAACGCAAAUCCCAUGCACCAACAACGACAUAAUCAGUGAUGCUGAUCUUGCAUCAGAUUUGGCUACAGAAGUCACAAAGAUAAACACCCAAUUAGCGCAAAGAGAAGAGGCCAUGAAGAAGAGCAAAGAAUUAUUAUUCACUGAGCUGUGCCGCUAUUUGGCUAUGGAAAAAGAGGAAGUGAAUAGGAAAUGGAGGAAACUGGAUCAAGAGGAGAAGUGGGUUUUGGUUAAGGGGUUUGUUAAUGAGUGGGGUGUCAAUUUUCACCCUUUGUCUGCUAGGUCUGUUAAACAAAUGAUCGAAGAGUAUUUGAUUGAAGAGAAGCCAUCAUCAAAUUCUUCUCUUUUUCCUGGUUUGAAAAGGAUGAUGGGAUUCUCUGAAAAUGAGUGAACUUGGUUAAAGAUGAUGUGGGUCUCUCAUGUAAUCAUAAUGAAUCUAACAUUGGAAUGCUAAUUCCUUACUUUA